CCUGCUACUACUGACCCCCAAGAAGAUGGCCAGUCCGCAGACCUUCACCCUCCUCUGUGGUUUGCUGGCAGCCACCUUGGCUGGAGCCACCCUCAGCCCCGCUGCCGUUCUCAGCCUCAGCCCAGAAGUCAUCGAAGAAAAGCUGACACAGAAGCUGAAGGACCACGAUGCCGUCGACAUCCUCCGCCGGCUGCCGCUGCUCAGAACCAUGCAGACGAAGCCAGCCAGGGGCAUCCUGGGCAGUGUGGUGGACUUCAUCUUGAAGUACAUCAUCUGGCUGAAAGUCACCUCAGCCUACGUCCUCCAGCUGCAGAUACAACCUUCAGCCGACAGCCAGGAACUGGUGGUCAAGGUCCCCCUGGACAUGGUAGCUGGAUUCAACACGCCCCUGGUCAAGAGCAUUGUGGAGAUGCACAUGGAGACGGACACCCAGGCCAUCAUCCAAGUGCAGACCAGCGAGAGGGGCCCCUCUCUCGUCCUCAGCAACUGCUCCAAUAGCCAGGCGGGCCUGCGCAUCAGCCUGCUACGUCGCUUCUCCUUCCUGGUCAACUCCUUAGCUGAUAAGGUCAUGAGCGUCCUGGUGCCAACGCUGCCCACGCUGGUGAGAAGCCAGCUGUGUCCCGUGAUCAAGGCAGCCUUUGAGGACAUGCGAGAGGACCUCCUGCGCCUGGUGAGGGUGCCCCUUUACCUCGGCUCUGAUCACCUGGAGUUUGACCUUCUGUCUCCUGCCAUCAAGGAUAAUGCCAUCCAGCUCAACCUGUGGGCCAAGUCAUUGGACGCGCAGGGAGAAGUCACCAAGUGGUUCAACGAGUCUGCAGUUCCCCUGACGAUGCCAACCCCGGACGGUGAACCUUUCAGCCUCACCGUAAGGCAAGAUGUGGUGAAAGCUGCAAUAGCCACCUUGGACCCUCCAGAAGCACUCAUGGUCCUGUUGGACUAUGUGCUGCCUGAGCUGGCCCGCCGGCUAAAGUCGAGCAUCAAAGUGAUCAGUGAACAGGCUGCAGAUCAGCUUGCACCCACGCAGAUCGUGAGGAUCAUGACUCUGGAGACCCCAGAGCUCCUUCUGGACCAGGGCAUGGCCAAGGUGGCCCAACUGAUUGUGCUGGAAAUAUUUGCCACCAGCGAAGUCCACCGCCCCUUCUUCACCCUGGGCAUCGAAGCCAGCUCAGAAGCUCAGUUUUACACCAAAGGUGACCGACUCAUGCUCAACCUUAAUAAAAUCAGCGCCAAUCGAAUCCACCUGAUGAACUCGGGCAUUGGCCUGUUCAACCCUGAGCUUCUGAAAGACAUCACCGCCGAGAUCCUCGCCUCCGCCCUGCUGCCAAAUGAGAACGGCAAGUUAAGAUCCGGGAUCCCAGUGCCAAUGGUGAAGGCCUUGGGAUUCGAGGCAGUUUCCUGUUCACUGACCAACGAUGCCCUUGUGGUCACCCCAGCCUACUCGUAGAACCCCAGACCGCUCUUCUCUUUCCCAGUGAAGACAUGCACUGUGGCCAUCGAGGGCAGGC